AUGACUGGAUCAUCGAGGCCGUCAAGGGCGCUUGUGCUCCACGGGCCCGAGGAUUUACGCCUUGAAACGCGGGAGACACCUUACCCCGCCGCAGGAGAGGUCCAGAUAGCCAUCCGUGCCACCGGCCUCUGCGGCUCGGACCUCCACUACUUCUACCAGGGCCGCAACGGAGACUUCGUCGUGCGGGCUCCGCUAUGCCUUGGUCAUGAAUCAGCCGGCACGGUCACCGCGCUAGGCGCAGAUGUGACAACGCUGCAAGCAGGCGACCGCGUUGCUCUCGAGGUCGGCAUCCCUUGUCGCAAAUGCACGCUGUGUCUCCAGGACAGAUACAACCUUUGCAGCUCGAUGCGAUUCAGGAGCUCUGCAGCCGUAUUCCCGCAUCUGGACGGCACGUUGAUGGACAUCACCAACCAUCCGGCGAUCCUUUGCCAUAAACUGCCGCCCACGAUCUCCGACGUCCAGGCUGCCCUCAUCGAGCCCCUCGCGGUCUGCAUCCACGCGGUGAACCGCUCAAAGCUGGACAUUUCCGCCAUCGCCCAGAUCCCCCAGCGGGACGUGACGGCUCUAAUAUUUGGCGCCGGCGCAAUAGGGCUCCUCCUCGCCUGCGUCCUCGCCGCAACCCAGCCCUUCACCGCCAUCGUCGUCGCAGACAUCGACACAAAGAGGCUCCAGAUCGCCUCCACCCUGCCAUACACCAACAUCACCCCGCAUCAUCUCCUCGCCAAACAGGCGUCCUCCUCCUGCACCCCGGAAGCGGACGACGACUACGCAAAAUCCAUCGCCGCACAGCUCGCCGCCAAAUUCACCCUCCCGCACGGCUUCACCCGCGUCUACGACUGCACGGGCUCUCCGUCGUGCAUCCGCGCCGCCAUCCACGCGUCAUCUCCCGGCGGCGCCGUGGUCCUCGUGGGCAUGGGCGGUCCGCGCCUCCCCACACUCCCGCUCUCCUUCGCUGCGCUGCGGGAGAUCGAUUUGAUUGGCGUGCUGCGGUACGACGGCAGGUGUUAUCCCGAAGCGGUGCGGCUGAUGGCGUCUGGGAAAUUGGACGGUGUGACGGAGAGGAUAGUCACGCAUACGGUCGAGUUUGGGAAUGAGGGCGGGCAGAAGGCGUUUCGGUUGGCGGGGAAUGGGGUGGAUGACGAGGGAAAUACGGUUGUCAAAGUCGUUGUUAUGGGGGAAAAGGGGUGA